AUGGCUUUAGCUCAGGAAGGUGGUGGUGAAGGUGGCGGUGAAGGUGGUGGUGAAGGUGGUGGUGAAGGUGGCGGUGAAGGUGGUGGUGAAGGUGGCGGUGAAGGUGGUGGUGAAGGUGGUGGUGAAGGUGCCGGUGAAGGUGGCGGUGAAGGUGGCGGUGAAGGUGGCGGAGAAGGUGGCGGUGAAGGUGGCGGUGAAGGUGGCGGAGAAGGUGGCGGAGAAGGUGGCGGAGAAGGUGGCGGUGAAGGUGGCGGUGAAGGUGGCGGUGAAGGUGGCGGUGAAGGUGGCGGAGAAGGUGGCGGUGAAGGUGGCGGAGAAGGUGGCGGUGAAGGUGAAGGUGGCGGUGAAGGUGGUCCUAUUGAAACCCCUACUGAAAAUAGCAAGCUACAAAAGGAAAACGAAAAGAGACGUGAACAAGUUAAAAAACAACAAGAAGAAAUCAAGCAAACGAAACAAGUGGUUAUGAAAGCGUAUGAAGCUAAUAUAAAGAGGAGCGAAAAUAUCAAACGGGGAAAAGAGGAAAUUAAGAAGAGGCAGGAUUUGAUUCAGAAGAGAAACCAAGUCACGAAGAAUAGAAGGGCGAAGGUUGAUAAUCAGAGGGAGUAUCUCAAGAAAUUGUUAGCUUACAAUACUGCAGCUAGGAAGAGGUUGAAUGCCGGUAACAGAGGAUAA